AUCAAGAAAGGGAUGAACCAAAUAAAGAGCGGUAUCAAGCAAUAAAAUUACGUGAAAAUGUGGUUGUAGUGAUGCGUUUAAAAGGGAAAAAUAAUACAAAAUCGUUUCAAAGCGUCUAUAAGGUGCUUUCGCGUAUAUGCCGAACUGCAGAUAAAGGACAACUUGACAGUUUCAUGGCGGAUGGUGCAGUGCCACCAAUAAAGAAUGGCCAUAACUGUAAUAAUAUGGGUUUUGCAACACAACCAGUAAAACAAACUUCUGAUGUUUCCAAUACCGUUUAUGCUGUGGGGGAAUAUGCUCCGAAAGUUUUAAGGAAUUUAAAUACCCAAAGACUAAAAAAUCAGUUUAGUGAUGUAGGCCUGGUCGCUGGUGGAAGCAUUAUUAGAGCACACAGAUCGGUUUUAGCAGCAGGAAGUGCUUAUUUUAAUGCUAUGUUCACUGGUGGCUUGGUGGAAGAACAACAGGAAUUAGUAGAAAUUCAUUCAGUAUCAGCUCAUAUACUUUCCCUCUUGGUGGAUUUCAUUUACUCUGGGAAUGUUGAUAUUACCCAGGACAAUGUUCAAGAAUUAUUUGCAGCUGCUGAUAUGCUAGAAUUAGAUGAAGUAGUGUUUGGUUGUAUUACUUACUUGAAACAGCAACUGCAUUAUUCAAAUGCCCUUGGGAUUUAUAGAUUUGCAGAAGCUCAUAACAGAUUAGAUCUUUUGGAAACUGCCCUACGCUUUAUACAAGUCAAUUUUCCUCAAGUAUCUCAAGAGGAAGAAUUUUUGGAUCUGCCAAAAGAACAUCUUGUUCAUUUUCUCAGUAGUGAUUAUAUUCAUAUUGAUACUGAAUUCCAGGUCUUCCAAGCAGCAUAUAAUUGGAUUGUUCAUGAUAUACCAACAAGAAGAUGUUACGUAUUUGAGAUAUUAAGUCAUAUACGUUUACGGCUGUGUUCAUUAGCAAGAUUGGAACGAGUUAUUUUGGAAUGUAAAGACGCGAGUCUUAUCGUUGCGUUAAGAUCUAUACAAAAGGAUUUAGUAUCAAAUAAAGGAUGUCUUGUGCCUCUUCACGCACAACCUAGACUUUGUGCUAAGAAAAACAUUUUAGUGAUUGGCGGAUUACGGCGUGAACAUUCAGCAGGUAGUUGGGGUAGAGCUGCUGAAAGUACUUACGAAACAAUCGAAAAAUAUGAUAUAUUUACCGGUGAAUGGAGUAAGGUAACACCUAUUGGAAUAGGACGAAUAUUACCAGGGGUUGCAUUAUUAGAUGGUAAAGUUUACGUUGUUGGUGGAGAACUUGAAUCAUGUAUUAUUGCUAAUUGUGAAUGUUACGACCCACGUGAUAAUGUAUGGACUUCGAUCGCCUGUAUGGAAGAACCUAGGUGUGAAUUUGGACUUUGUGCCUUGGAUAAUAGCUUAUAUGCAUUUGGUGGCUGGGUGGGUGAAGAUAUUGGUGGAUCGAUAGAGAUAUAUGAUCCAAUAACUAAUUCUUGGACACUUGACGGGCAACUUCCUAAACCGAGAUUCAGCAUGGGAGUAGUUGCUUAUGAAGGAUUAAUGUAUGUAGUCGGUGGUUGUACACAUAAUAACAGGCAUAGUCAAGAUUUAAUGAGUUACAAUCCAGUAACAAGAGAAUGGACUCAUUUAGCUCCAAUGCUUACCGCGCGUUCACAAAUGGGAAUUACUAUUCUUGAUGGAUAUAUUUACGUUGUCGGUGGUACUAAUAAAAAUCAAGAAGUUUUAACGGCCGUUGAACGAUAUUCCUUUGAAAAGAACAAAUGGAGUACCGUUGCGCCUAUGAAUAUGGGUAGAUCAUACCCUGCAAUUGCGGCAGCCGAUAAUAGGCUUUAUGUUAUAGGAGGUGAACAGUGUCAGGAAAUCAAUUUUUUUCGGACGCAAAUUACAAUUUCUACAGUUGAAUGUUACGAUCCCCAUUUAAAUAAAUGGCAUGAAUGUGCUGCAUUGCCGACAAGUAGAGGUGAAGCAUCGGCAAUUGUUGCACCUUUUUGAUUGAAAUUUUUUUUCGAUCAUAUCACUCUAAUCAUAUGCGUUUCCUUUUGAAUUUCAUAACGAUAUUUCAACAUCUAUUAAAUACUUCUUAAACGUAUAUAUGAUAUCAAGUGAGAAACAUGUUUUUUGACUAUCUUCGUUUACGUCGUAUAUACAAACGUGCAAAAUCAAACAUACAUAAUCUUCGAUGUAUUUUUUUAUAGAUUACAAUUUUAACAGUUGAGACAGAAUUUUUCCUAACGAACAUAAGAUGCAACAGGAUUUGAAAAAAAGAAAAAAGAGAAAUGUUCCACUAUAA